AUGGAGUCCCCGGUGUGUGGUGCGGAAGAGUCCAUGCUGCUGGAUGCUUCCGACAGUGAAAACGUCGCCCUGGUCAACAAGACCAUCGCCGCCGGCACCAUGACCGAGAAGCCUGCUGGGCCUCAUCCCUUUAAGAAGUGGGUGGACAGCUUUCGGGCUCGAAAACACACGGCUCCUACCAUCCCACAGCGAUACGUGGAGGGCUGGUCGGAUUCUUCUGCGGAAUUCUCCGUGCCAAACCCCACGGCUCGCCAUGGAUCACCACAGGAUCAGCACUGGGAGAGACUGUCGGGCCACUCGUCGCUGCUGGGGACUGUCAAAACCACGACCCUGAGCAUCGCCAGCCAGAGCAUGGCCAGAUCGAGAGGGACGACCCAGAGCACGGCGGGCCAGAGCACCAUCUCCGAUACUCGCAUUUCCGCAGACAGCUCUCGACCAACCUCCAGCCACUGCAUCGACGAGGCCGCCGAUCUGCGGGCGACCAAACGUCGGCAGGUCUUAUGGGAGAUUGUGGCAACGGAGUCGGAUUAUGUCCGUGGUCUGAAAGCGCUCACUGGGAUUCUCUCGAUCUUCAACACUCGGCCCGAAAUCUAUCACAACGUGCAGUCGAUCCGGGAGAUCCAUGAGCGCUUCCUCACGCAGAUUCAGGCCACAUUUCCCACAUCAGCACCCAACGCUGAUGAUGCUAGCGUGCCUGAUAUCCUGUCGCGCGGACUUCAUAAACGUUUAGGUGUGAUUGAUCUCCCUGGAUUCAAGAAUCGGUCCUUGAGAACGCGAAACUUCAAAGUAUCGUUGAAACAGCGCCUGAAAGCGCUCUCGGCAGAGCCUUUUGAAGCUCUCGAGGUUGCUCGAGACAUUGAAAAACUGUCCAUUUCCUUUGCGGUAUACGAGGAAUUCUGCAGAAACUAUGAACUGCUUACGCAGGAUGUGGCACUUUUACGGCGGUCGAUUCCGAAUUGGGCCGUGUUUGAUCAGGGUAUCGAGGCAUUAUCAAAAUCAGUAACGUCGAUGGAAAGUCGGAAACAGGAGGAAAACCGGUCGAUGUCCUUGAACGAUCUGCUCAUCAAGCCCGUCCAACGUCUCUGCAAAUAUCCUCUUCUCCUUCAAGAUUUGCUCAGACACACUCCUGUCAGUGACUGCCCAUCUUCCCAUGAUGGUAUCCGACAGAUCCUAGAAAGCCUACGUGUCUUGGUGACAAAAAUCAACUCGGCGACGGGGAACCCCGUUAACAAAGACCGGAUCCAGAAGACCAUUCAACUGCAAGGGAAGAUCGAUUUCUCCGAUAUGCACACGCUUCAGGACAUCUACAAGGAGCUUGGCCCGAUGAUCUUGUGCGGCGUCUUGCACGUUACCUAUCAAGCGCCCGAAGGUCCCAUGGGGGAAUUCAUGGUAUGCGUUCUCUUCAAUUGCUACUUUCUCCUUGCCAAAGGAAUCGACGACUUCCGCCGGCUGGAAGCGGUGGCUUGUAUCCACAUUGGGGAUUUGAAGAUGGACACGCUGCAGAACGGACGAGGGCUUUGUUGCUACGGGUGCCUGUUUUCAUGGAAGCUUCUGUUCCAAGAUCAAGAUGAGAACUACGAGUUUGUCAUGAGCGCUUCCUCAGCGACGGAGGAAAAAUACUGGAAGACCGAGACCCUGAAAUCUGUCGCAGUGCUGGCAGAAAUGGCCAAGCCGGGCGCGUGGGAUUCGAGGAAAUAUUCGUUCCUGAACAUCGCGCUCGUGCCACUGGAUCGCAUUCAAUACGCCGCGGCUUCCCUGGUCCGGCGAUCGUCCAUGGAUCCCAUAGCAAUCUCGCGGAAGUGCCAUGUCCAACAGGUGUCCAUCAAGAAGACGCACUGCCCCCAUAAUUCUGAAGAGGCCAUCAGCCAGGUCGACGGGGAGGUUGAACGGCCGAAGACUCCCGCCUCCCGCUCCGCACUGGUAGUGACCGCCAGACGGAUGGACCGCAUUCGCCUGGAGAGAUUGAUCGCCGAAGUCUAUACGCGCGAUGUUCUUCCCCUACCCGGAAUGGUCCUUGGAAGAGGGGAUCUCUUCCGACGUGGCUCCAUCAUGAGACGACUCAGCUUCCACACGGGAUUUGCCAGGCGAUCCAGCUCCGUCAGCACCUCUCGAUCCGGGCCCGUCGCCGAUUCGGGGUCGCUGGAUGAAUACACCGCAUCCCUGGCCGGCAGUGAAUGUGCAGAAGACUCGCACGCGGGGUCGGAUGUCGAUUACGAGCUGCCCAAAACACCGACCUCGACUCUCGGGCGAUCCAGGACGUCACGGUUCCGUAGUGCGCCCAAGAGAGUCACCGGUCCAGCAUCUUCUCCACGCAGCGAGAAGUGUCGGUCUCAGGAUGGAAACCCAGAGUGGUCCCCGUCACGCAAGAAGUGGGGGUCUCCCAUGGCGUUUCUGAGUGCGCUGACGCCCAGGAAUCUGAUGCGGCCGCGUUCCAGCUUGGGCCAAGGUACGGAGGAGGACUAUUAG